CUCCCCUCUCCGCCAUCAAACUCUCUCUCGAGCGCGUGUGCGACAGGCGCGCGCACGUGUACGCGCGCGUGUGUGUUCGUCCCAACUUUCUUCCCAGCACAAGUUUAUCCGAGGAGCUCCCAAACUCCGCGUGGAUUCUUUUUUUUAAUUCGGCCGGCUGACUUUGAACUUCUUCCGGCUCUUUUUUUGUUGUUGUUGUCUUCCCUUCCCUUAACCCCCCGGUGCAAGGUGACCAUGGCCGCCGUCCCGGCUGCUCUCCUCCCGCCGACCGCCCUGGUGCUGCCGCCGCCGCCGCCGAUCCCACCGGCGAUGUCCGCUCCCAGCUGCACCGCGUCCCCGACGUCCGUCACCUCCUCGCCGUCACCGCUGCCACCGCCGCCGCCACCGCUCUCGCUGCCGCCGCCUCUCCCCCAGCAGCAGCAGCAGCAGCAGCAGCAGCAGCAGCAAGCGCUCUUCCGGUCCGAGCUGCUCGCCGCCGGCAGCCCGGGCAUCCCCACGCCGGGCAAGCCCGUCUACUCCACGCCGUCGCCCGUGGAGAACAUCCCGCAGAACAACGAGUGCAAGAUGGUGGAGCUCCGCGGCGCCAAGGUGGCCUCGUUCACCGUGGACGGCUGCGAGCUCAUCUGCCUGCCGCAGGCGUUCGACCUGUUCCUCAAGCACCUGGUGGGCGGCCUGCACACCGUCUACACCAAGCUCAAGCGGCUGGAGAUCACGCCGGUGGUGUGCAACGUGGAGCAGGUCCGCAUCCUCCGCGGGCUCGGCGCCAUCCAGCCCGGCGUCAACCGCUGCAAGCUCAUCUCCAGGAAGGACUUCGAGACGCUUUACAACGACUGCACCAACGCCAGCUCCAGACCCGGACGACCCCCGAAGAGAACCCAGAGUGUGACAUCGCCGGAGAACCCUCACAUCAUGCCGCACACUGUCCCCGGUCUCAUGUCCCCCGGCAUGAUGCCCCCCACAGGGUUGACGGCGGCGGCGGCGGCGGCUGCCAACGCGGCCAUCGCCGAGGCCAUGAAGGUGAAGAAGAUCAAGCUGGAGGCCAUGGGUGGCUACCACGCCGGCGCCAACCACCACGGGGCUGACGGUGAGAACGGAGACCUCGGCUCCAGCGUUGGCCUGGAGCUUCCCUUCAUGAUGAUGCCCCACCCCCUAAUCCCUGUCAGCUUGCCGCCGGCCUCCGUCACCAUGGCGAUGAGCCAGAUGAACCACCUCAGCACCAUCGCCAACAUGGCCGCCGCCGCCCACAGCCAGAGCCUGCCCUCGAGGAUGGUCACUUCUGUCAUCAAGGGUUUGCAGGAGCGGAUCCCGGACAGUCCCUCCCCCGCCCCGUCCUUGGAGGACCACCGGAGGCCCGGCAGCCACCCGUCGUCCCACCGCAGCAGCAGCGUGUCCAGCUCGCCAGCCCACACAGAAAGCUCCUCGGACAGAAUACCGCCACACCACAACGGCCUGUCCAUGAACCAGGUCCUGCUGGGCUUGUCCCCCAACAUGCCGCCCGGGCCUAAAGAGGGAGACCUGGCGCACGACAUGAGCCACGAGCUGAAAAGGAUGCACGCUGAAAAAGAUGAUAACCCCAUGUGCACGCCCACAGCCAGAGAUAACUACGAGCGCUUGUCACUGGCCGGGCAGACUCUUCCUCCAGGCUUCCCCUCGCCAUUUCUCUUCCCAGACGGACUGUCGUCAAUAGAGACGCUCCUUACCAACAUUCAGGGCCUGCUGAAGGUGGCCAUCGACAACGCCCGGGCUCAGGAGAAGCAGGUCCAGCUGGAGAAGACGGAGCUGAAGAUGGAGCUGUUUCGUGAGCGGGAACUCCGGGAGACUCUGGAGAAGCAGCUGGCCAUGGAGCAGAAGAACAGAGCGAUCAUCCAAAAGCGCCUGAAGAAGGAGAAGAAGGCAAAGAGGAAACUGCAAGAAGCUCUAGAAUACGAAUCCAAGAGGAGAGAGCAGAUGGAGCAGACUCUCAAGCAGCCGUCACCAGCCGACAGCAUGCGCUCGCUCAACGGCGGCCAGGCUGACAUUGCGACGUCAGGGUGGAUGUUUAACGGCGCUGAUCUCUUUUCUCCCGCAGACGCUCUGACCCCUGAGAUGGAGAGCGAGCGCAGCGGUGGAAGAACAGAUGCUGAAAGGACAAUACAAGAUGGAAGACUCUACCUGAAAACGGCCGUGAUGUACUGAGCUGCAAGGCAGGAAUAUCAGAAGAAAAAAAAAAGCAGGUAGAAGACGGGAGGAAAAAAAACAAAAAGAAGAUUGAAAAGAGGACAACCCGUGGCGACAUGACGGCGAAACGUUUCGUGGGGAUGUAGAAUAGGAAGAAGAAUUGUCGGGAGUGGUAGAUUUGGCUCUGCAGCCACUCACCCACCCUCCCAGCUAGCGAGCGACCACAGCACCCAAGACCUUUUGGAUCAUCCGCGCCGGAGUUCUUUUGUACUUCCAAUUCAAUUUUUCAAGAAGAAAGUCAACAAAUUGUGCUGGUGGGAAGUUUUCUAAAUUCGAUACAAUCAAGUUUCCUUUCUGCCAUGCCUUGUACAUACGAUGCUAACAGUGCUACGCUUGCUCAGUGUACAUAUAGAAGUAGACGCUAUUAGGCAAACCUGUUCUAUUAUUGUUAUUAUUAUUAUUAUUAAUAAUACACCUUCUCAUUCUUCUCUUCCCGAGCCGUCAUUCUUUCCUAUAGCGCCCACUACUGGCGAGGAAGCAUGCAGGCAUGAUGUAAAUGUUUGUCAUGGAGUGGUAAUAUUUAACCAUAAAAUCCUAUAUUGUGUUUCUCCACCCAAGCCCUUUUUAUAUUUCUUGGUUUGGGGGCGGGGGUGACCACAACAAAACCAGAAUCCAGUUGAAGACUUUGUCCUCUGUAGUCUUUGGAACAGAUUUUAAUGUACAGCCCCUUCAAAUCGGCACUUUUUUUCCUUUGUUUUGUUAAAGAAAAAGCUAACUCCACUUGAAGAACAAUCAUAUUUGUGCAACAAGAUGUUUUAUGGUUUCCCACAGGACAAAAAAAAAUGUUUUUCCAGUUUUUUGCUUCACCUUAAAGACUUUUAAACGUGUGUAUAUUCUUAUUAUUGACAGUCUUUCCACUGAGAGCGGUUUGCGGGGGACUUGGGCGGCAUUCUGAAAUGGUUUUGAGUGAAAAUGUUCAAAUCAGAAGAAGAAAAAACAUCGAUGUUGAAAGAUGUGCGUGGGUUUUUUUUUUUUAGAGGUGGGUGGCUUGGGGGUCCGUUUAAGGGGUGGCAUCCUUUAUGAACUCUUUUAAAACAGUUUAAAGCGUACUCUAUGCCUUCAAAUCAUGUAAAGACUCCCUUAAGUUCACAGACUCUUGGGGAGUUUUGGAAGUGGGUGGCUCGGGGGCCCGGUUUUGGGGGCGGAGUCAUUAAUUGAUUGUUCCAGAAGAGUUUUAAGCAUACUCUAUGCGUUAAAAUCAUAUUAAGACCCCCUUAUGUUCACGGACUCUUGUGGGGUUUUGGAGGUGGCGACUUGUCCAGGGUGUACCCCGCCUUCCGCCCGAUUGUAGCUGAGAUAGGCGCCAGCGCCCCCCGUGACCCCGAAAGGGAAUAAGCGGUAGAAAAUGGAUGGAUGGAUAGAUGCGUUCACAUCAUAUAAAGACUCCCUUAUGUUCACAGACUCCUGUGGGGUUUUGGAGGUGGGUGACUUGGGGGCCCCAGUUUUGGUGGAGGAGUCCUUAUUUGAUCGAUCCGAAAGCAUUUAAGGCAUACUCGAUGCGUUCACAUCAUAUAAAGACCCCCUUAUGUUCACAGACUCUUGUGGGGUUUUGGAGGUGGGUGACUUGGGGUUCCCAGUUUUGGGGUGGAAGGAGUCCGUAAUUGAUUGUUCCAAAAGGGUUUAAGGCAUACUCGAUGCGUUCACAUCAAGAAAAAACAUCGAUGUUAAAAGAUGUGCGUUUUUGUUUUUUUUUAGAGGUGGGUGGCAUGGGGGCUCAGUUUAGGGGGUGGCAUUCUUUAUGAACUCUUUUAAAACAGUUUAAAGCGUACUCUAUGCCUUCAAAUCAUGUAAAGACUCCCUUAUGUUCACAGACUCUUGUGGGGUUUUGGAGGUGGGUGACUUGGGGGCCCCAGUUUCUGUGGAGGAGUCCUUAUUUCAUUGAUCCAAAAGGGUUUAAGGCAUACUCGAUGCAUUCACAUCAUAUAAAGACCCCCUUAUGUUCACAGACUCUUGUGGGGUUUUGGUGGUGGGUGACUUGGCUUCCCCAGUUUUGAGGGGGAGGAGCCCGUAAUUGAUUGUUCCAAAAUGAUUUAAGGCAUACUUGAUGCAUUCUCAUCAAUAAAAAAACCCUAAUGUUCAUUGAAUCUUGUAGAGUUUUGGAGGUGAGUGGCUUGGGGGGACCCCGGUUUGGGGAGUUGCAGUCCUUAAUGGAUUGUUUAAAAAGGGAUUGAGGCAUACUCUGUGUUCACAUCAUUAAAAAAAACCCAAUGUUCAUAGGAUCUUGUAGAGUUUUAAAGGUGAGUGGCUUGGGGGCCCCAUUUUCUUUGGGGGGUGAGUCCUUAAUGGAUUGUUCCGAAAGGGUUUAAAGUAUACUCUAUGCGUUAAAAUCAUAUAAAGACCCCUUUAUGUUCACAGAAUCUUGUUGAGUUUUGGAGGUGGGUGGCAUAGGGACCCCGAUUUUGGGUAGUGGCAUCUUUAAUGGAUUGUUUCGAAACGGUUUAAGGUGUUCACAUCAUUAAAAAACCCUAAUGUUCACAGAAAAUUGCAGAGUUUUUGAGGUGGGUGGCUUGGGGGCCCAGGUUUGUGGGGUGUAGUCCUUAAUGGAUUGUUUCAAAACAGAUUAAGGCAUAUUGUAUGUGUUCACAUCAUUUAAAAAAAAACCUUAUGUUCACAGAAUCUUCUGUGGUUUUGGAGGUGGGUGACUUGGGUGCCCCGUUUUGGGGGGAUGAAGUCCUUAAUGGAUUGUCUCGAAAGGGUUUAAGGCAUACUCUAUGCAUUAAAAUCAUAUAAAGACCCCCUUAUGUUCACAGAAUCUUGUGGAGUUUUGGAGGUGAGUGACUUGGGGGCCCCGGUUUGGGGCGUGGCAUCCUUAAUGGAGUGUUUCGAAACGGUUUAAGGCAUACUCUAUGUGUUCGCAUUAUUAAAAAACCAAAAUGUUCAAAGAAUCUUGUGGAGUUUUGAAGGUGAGUGGCUUGCGGGCCCCCGUUUGGUGGCGGAGUCCUUAAUGGAUUGUUUCGAAACAGUUUAAGGCAUUCUCCAAGCGUUCACAUCUAAAAAAAAACGUUAUGUUCACAGAAUCUUGUGGAGUUUCGGAGGUGAGUGGCUUGGGGGCCCCGGUUUGGGGCGUGGCGUCCUCAAUGGAGUGUUUUGAAACGGUUUAAGGCAUUCUCUAUGUGUUAAAAUCUUUUAAAGACCCCCUUAUGUUCACAGAAUCUUGUGGAGUUUUGGAGGUGGGUGGCAUAAGGGCCCCGGUUUGGGUUGUGGCAUCCUUAAUAGAGUGUUUCGAAACGGUUUAAGACAUACUCUAUGUGCUCACAUAAUUAAAUAAAUGUUAUGUUCAUAGAAUCUUGUGAGGUUUUGAAGGUGAGCACCUUGGGUGCCCCGGUUUGGGGGAUGCAGUCCUUAAUGGAUUGUUUUGAAAGGGUUUAAGGCAUACUCUAUGCGUUAAAAUCAUAUAAAGAACCCCCUUAUGUUCACAGAAUCUUGUAUAGUUUUGGAGGUGGGUGGAACAGGGGCCCCCGGCGUCCUUAAUGGAGUGUUUUGAAACGAUUUAAGGCAUACUUUAAGCGUUCACAUUAUUAAAAAAAACCCUAGUGUUCAUAGAAUCUUGUAGAGUUUUGAAGGUGAGUGGCUUGGGGACCCCGGUUUGGGGGGUGGAGUCCUUAAUGGAUUGCUUGAAAGGGUUUAAGGCAUACUCUAUGCGUUAAAAUCAUAUAAAGACCCCCUUAUGCUCACAGAAUCUUGUGAGGUUUUGAAGGUGGGUGACUUGGGUGCGCCGGUUUGGGGGGGUGCAGUCCUUAAGGGAUUGUUUUGCAAGGGUUUAAGUCAUACUCUAUCAUAUAAAGAUCCUGUCAUGUUCGCAGAAUCUUGUGUAAAAUUUAAAGGUGGGUGGCCUCCCAAUGGACUGUUGCAAAACUUUGUUGAAAACACUUAAAGACCCUCGUUUGUUUACAGACUCUUGUGGGGGUUUUGGAGGUGGGUGGCUUUGGGGUGACUGUUAGAGGGCGGCAUUCCCAAUGGAGUGGCUCAAACCACUUUUGCACAUAUUUUCUAAUCAGAAGAAAAAAAAACUAUGUUGACAUAUGUGGGUUUUUUAGGGGGUGUUGGGCGGGCGGGAGGGGGCUAACUUGGGAGCAAGCUUGGAGGACGUCAUCCCAACAAACAGUUUUGGGUGUACAUACCCCGUUAAAUUAAGCAGAGCCUCCAAUGUUCACAGACUUGAGUGGUACUUUUUGGGGUCGGGUGGCCUUGGGGGCCGGGUUUAGAGGGUGACUGUCCACCAGCUGAAUAAAACAUGAGUGAGGUUCUUUAACGGGUGGUUUAGGAGCGGGCAUCCUCCAUGGGGGGGCUUGAACAAGUCUUGUGCGUACAUCGUGGAGAAAAGGGGGAACUGCCAUGUCAACAAAUGUGUGGGUUCUGUGGGGGAUGUUUGGAUUGGGGGGGGGGGGCUCAGUUAGUGGGCGGCUUCUUCUAUGUGUCACUUAUAACUUAAAUAGCUGUUUUUUUUUCUCUCCCUCUCUCCAAAUCAUGUCUUCACUGUACUUCCAAUAAAGUUGACAAUAAAAACAUUGUGAGAAUAAAGAGGGGCGGCACCUUCUUUAUGUGCUCAUAUUAAUCAUGUAUUGCUGUAUGUAUUGUAUGGGGGCGGGGCGGGGGGAAAGGGCGGUGGUCCACAUAAAAAAGAGCAUUGCUGUACUGUAGAAAAUGACUGAGCAUAUUGUUCUUCUCUUCGUAUAGCAGGGAAAGAAAAUGUAUAAGAAAAAUCUGCUGUGACUUUUGUUCCCCUCUGGUGGGGGCGGGGCGGCGGCCACCUUUGACCUCCACAGGUGUUUGUUUGUUUUUUGUUUAAUGCGUAGGCCAAUUGGAAACACACAGUAUGUAAAUGAGGGUGACUGUAAAUAAAUUAUUCCCCGUGUUCUUUCAA